AUGGUCGAGAACAACUGUUGUCCGUACGAGGCAGAGAGUCCGGAUGAACUAGCUAUUAUCAUGGGUGCGAUUCUCUGUGGUUUCAAACUCGAAGAUAAGUCCGCCACGCACAUCAUAAUUGGUGUUCCUGAUGGUUCCCAGCAAAGGUAUGAAGUGCUGCAAGUGUUUCCUUUUCACGCUGAUCGUAAACGGAUGUCAGUGGUAGUAAAAACACCUUCGGGACCUCUUCUUUAUUGCAAAGGGGCCGACUCAGCAGUACUGUCACGGACGACUUCAUCUCAAGUACAGUUUCAUUCCCGUCAGUUCUUCAAUUCUGCUAUUUCUCAACUCUUCAGAUAUAUCCGUAUCUGA